AUGUCAGAUGAUCGGAGUUUACGUGAUUUGCUUUUAGAAUCAGCUGAUGAUUUGGAUGCGAUCGUAAAGCAAAUAAUUGAUGCCUUAUUAAACCGAGAUAAAAAUCCAUUAUUACGAGGCGGUGGUGAAACUGUGACAAAUAUGGUGAAAAUGUUUGAUUCAAAGCAAGAUGAUAUUAGAAAGUUAUUAGUUCGUGUGCCAGAAUAUCAAGAAAGAGAAAAACUAAUAUCAGAACUUCGCGAUUGUGUUCAAAGUCGAGACAAAGUUAUACAAAAAGUCGAAAUGAGUCUGAAAGCAUGUGAAGUUGCAUUGACAUCUUCUAUAUUCCAGGUGAACUUUUCUAAAUAUUUUGGAACCAAAAUAUAAUAUGACCCAGUUUCAGGCAAACCAGAAAUUAAAAUCUGUUCGAGAAGCUGAAUUGCGCCCAGUCAACAGUGAAACAGUGAUUAAAAUGGCUCACCAAAUAAGUAGAAGUUAUUCAGUAUCUGCUCCAUUGACUUGGCAACAAGGAGAUCCAUCAAGACCAUUCCCUCAAGAAUCUGAAUUUAGAAAUGGAUGGUUAUUAAAUCCUAAACCUAUUCAGAAUCAUCCAACUCUUCAGCCGAUUGUAAAACAACCAAAUCAAUCAGUGAGUUUCAACUUUUUCGAAAAUAAUUUUGAAAUUUUUGAGUCUAAGGCGAUGAUGCAGGUUAGUUUCUCCCCCGAGUUAAUUGAGGAUAAAGAGGAGAAACGUGUUGCACGUGGAUGCAAAACAAUGUAUUUUUUGAAUUUUGCCUCAUUUUUCCUUAUUUCUCCUCGGAGGAGAAAUUAAUCUGCAACAUCGCCUAAAAUAAGUGUAUUUUGGUAAUAUUAUCGUAAUUUUGUAGUUUUUAGAUGCAAAAUAUUAUAAAUUCCGAGUCUAGCUUCUUUAAUGAAAAUAAUUGAUAGGCUCGAACACCUCCAGUUGGCCGUGGUCAAUCUCCAAUGAAUAGCCAAGGACAAAAUCAACAAGGAAAAGUAUGGAGUCCUCGAACAGGUUAUGGUCCUCCAUCAACAUCUCCUCUUGUUGGUCUUGGUCGAGGUGGUGCAAUUACACCAAAUCAAAUGCAAAGACAAUCAUGGUCUGGUGGACCGACUGCAUCUACAGCAUCACCAUUUACAAAAAGACCGACACAAAGUCCAUUAGUUUCUCCAAGUAUGAAAGUGAAAAUAACCGGAUUAUCAGGACCAUCUUCUCGUGUUGCACCACCACCAAUUCGAAAUAUUGAACAAAUGAGUUCAGAUAGUUCGAGUAGUUCAAGUAGUGAAGAUGAAAGUCCCAAAUAA